UUUUGUUUGUGCAAGAUUCACCAUAUUUCAUUUAUGGGACCACGUAUAGCGCGUUUAAGCACAAAUUUGCAUAACUACCUUUCAAUUGAUUUCUUAGUUCUUCCACACAAAAAAAAGCAUUCACAGCAAGGUCGACAUCAUCGCUACAUCAGCGAAGAAAUUUAAACCAUGAGAGUAGAUAAAAAAUUUUCACAUUUCGCAUGCGUUGCUGAGUUCUGUGCCCAUCAGAUCAACGGCGUUAUCUUAUGGAGCGGAUUAUCUAGGUAAAAGUAUCGUUUCGUGGUUUUCAAUUAUUAAAUAUUGUUGUUUUCUUCCAAUUGCUCUCUGGGACUCUGGCUGAACUCAAGUCAUGCUCAAGUAGUCAAGUUUUCUUUGGCAACGCAUCAUUUGGCAAGGAUGCUGAGAAUGUUUGUUUCGUCUGCAUAAUUUUUGGAAACGUUUGUAGUUAAGCACUUUCUGAGAAACUAUUUACAAAAAACCAAACGAAUAAUCACAUUGCAGCAUGUAUUCAAAAUCUCGGAAUGCAAAUAAGCCUCAAGCACCUCCCAAAAUUUCUCUUGUUACUUUAGCCCUUCAGCUUGUUUCAGGGGAAAGAUUAAUUGCAGAGUUUCAUCCGGAAGUUACUCUGUGGGACAUCCUUGAACAUUGGGAAGCGCAAAGUAAACUUGACCCAUCUUUAGCAACCCUGAAAGCCAACAUUCCUGUUUGCAUUUAUAUGAGGAAGGAAAUAGCAACCAAGGAAAUGCUGCAGAUGACAACUCUACUUCAGCUGGAGAUUUUAAAUGGCAAGGCAGCCAUCAGAUAUAUUACGAAAUCACCAGGAGUUGUAGAACAGCUUCAUGUCGGUGGGAUUAUUGCACCAACCCUAAGGAUUCCAUCACCUGAAUUACAAAGAAGAGAAGUUGAAAAAGUUAAAUUGGAGAAUAAAACGGAGAAAACAUCUACUCUGAUGCCAGAAAAGGUGACAGAACAGUUUAUUCCAGCUGAAAAACAAGAAUCUGCUGUUGAAACAAAAGGUUUGUUACCAAAAGGACAUAUUGAGCCAAUUCAUAUUACAGAUGAAAAAAACAGACACAUUGAGCCAAUUCAUAUCACAGCUGAAGAAAACAGACCUGUUGAUGCAGAAGACAAUAGUUUGCUUUCUUGUCAAGAGCUUGAAGCUGCCGAAGUAGAAGUUGCUGUGGAAGAGUCAGUUUACUUUCUCAAUGAACAAGGAGUAUUGGUUUACAUGCCUCCACAAGAUAUCAAUUCCAUUUCUACCCGUCAUGACGAAGAAUCAGACGAAUUUUUUGAGCUUACAGAGGAAGAAGUCCGUAGGAUGAUGAACGAUCUAAUUUGUCAAAACAAUCAGCUACAAAACGCUCCGCUUAUUACCGCUCAAUUGCGUCGCGAACAAGAAGAGAAACGACGACUCCAGCUAUUGGAAAAGUAUCCCACUACGGUUUUGCGUAUCCAAUUCAGUGACCGCUUUGUUCUUCAGAUGCCUUUGCCCUCAGAAAUCACAUUAGCUGAAGUUAAGCAACAAUUGGUGGAAUAUCUCGAUGCAAAAGUGGAGAACUUCGAACUUUUCACGACGCCGCCGAAGCAAAUUAUCGAAACUUCCCUAUCCCUUCAUCGAAUUGGUUUAACUCCGUCGUCCCUUAUCUACAUUAGUUCCCAUUGCGUAUUAAAAGAGAAAUUCCGCCUUAACCCUUCCGAUUACGCUGCUGCUGUACGAGAUGCAAGUCGCCGACUUUAUCAUUCUGUUACAACAUCUACGGCCACGGCUGUAAGUGCUGCAGACAGCGAUGGCAGUGUCGCUAAAGAUCAGCGGCCUAAGCGACCUGCAUCAGACACCUCGGUCGUGAACAAGAACAAGAACGUUCCCAAAUGGCUAAAAACGAAUCGAUAAUUCUCUGUCACUAAGGCUGUGCAUAUUGUAUUUCUUUCGGUGUCCAAAUAAAACAAUCUACAUAAGAUUUAAA